AAAAAAAACUUGGAAAAAUGAUGAUGAAAAUAGCAGUAUUGACAGCCAUCGUGGCCAUAGCGAGGGAUGUCAGUGCCGACGUGACGGCGGUUCCAUGCACCUCAAACACAACUUCGUCGAUGCAAAACGCUGUCGACGGUACAAUGUCGAAUUGCGAAAAUGGUAUUUCGGGCUCAAAUUCGUUGUUGGCAGUCGCUGUGAACUUGAACCUAAGUACACUGCUCGGACCACUUCUGAAGAACCUGCUUUCGGCGUUGACGCAAUUGCUGUCGUCGGUUCUACUCGACGUGGUCGAACUUUUGAACACGGUAUUAGAAACCGUCGUGAAGGUGGUGAAUGUGGUGAUAAAACUGCUGGACGGUCUGCUAUCGAGCCACGAGGCCACUUCGCAAGCCAACGCAGCCACGUCAAAUGCAACUAGUCAAAUCCAGUCCAUGUGCGGCAGUAAUUCGUGCGACUCUUCGUCGGGUGGAACCGGCUCGCUUCUUACGGUCGUAUUGAAUGUCUUAGACGGUUUACUCUCAGUGGUUGCGCAAAUAAAUUUAUAGAGUCGAAUACCUAGACACAGAUUUUUAGAUAAAUUAUCUGCAAGCUGCAGGUAUGGCUGAAGGGUACAAUAAUAAUA